UUCUGCAGAUUCGAGCUUAUCUGACUGCGUUGGCAGUUCCUUAUUGUGAUUCGUUUUGUAUAUCACGCGAUAGCGCAGCAUAUAAUAUUAUAUGUCGUCGAACAAAAAAAGUCUUACCACCGGCUGUGUAGGAUGUGCGAUAGUCUCCAUACGAGCCAUUAAGUCAAUCACACAUACAUACGUUUUAGUAUACUCCCAUUGAAGUAUAAUAAUACUAAAGAUAAUGGAUGAUUACGAAAAACAUUAUUUUUACUUUUCCACUCAUCGCAAAACUUAGUCAGUGAUCUUUAGUCGAUCAUGUGUAUACCUGGAGAGAGCUUGACGAACAGAUUUCAGCUCGGUGGAAUCAUUUAUUUGAAAACUGCUGUUGAAAUUUUAAUUCUUACAUGUUGUUCCGUUCAAUGUUAAACGUUUGACACGAUAAAUUGACAUGCAUUUAUUUUAACCCGACGCUUUGUUUUAUAUUAGUAAACUCUUCAUGUCUGUUGUUUUAAAGCAUUUGAUCGUUAAUUUGAUUAUUUAUUUUAAGUGGAGAUAUUGUAUUCAUGAGAGUGCAAGAAGUGAUCGUGGGUGACAUAUAAAUAAGAAUUCGCAUUUUUGCAAGGCACUCAAAAUGAUACCAAUCAAAGAUAACCAAGAUGUGGCUUGCUUCCUCGUCACAAAGCAUUCAUGGAAAGGAAAGUACAAACGUAUUUUUUCCAUUGGGUCAAUGGGCAUUACUACAUACAACCCAAAUACUCUAGAAGUUACAAAUAAAUGGGAGUAUUCAGAUUUUGUUAGUGUACAACCAAAUAAUAAAAAUCAAGUUGGAUCAUAUGAAUUCAGUAUAUCUAUGCGCAAAGAGAGAAAAGUAGAAACUAUGAAGUUUAGUUCUGAACACAGAUCCCAUCUAUUAACUGAAGCUUUAAAAUACCUGAACAGCUUUGCAGAAAAACCAAGAGAAACUUCAAGAUACCCAGCCUAUAAACAUCAUUGGUCUGACACCCGAUUACCAGUAGUAUUAGAAAUUACCCCAUACAGUUUGGAUCAGUUAGAUCCAGCAACUAAUAUGCUAUUAGCAAGUUAUUAUUUCAAAGAUUUCGAAGGUCUUGUCACUAUAAAAGAUUAUAAAGAUGGGUUUGUUAUUGUUCAUGGUGGUUUUGGCAGAUUGCAUUUAUUUUCAUCUCAGUAUAUUGAUGAAAUUAGAAAAAAGUUAGUUGAAUCAGCAGCCAAUAAUUUGGGUAUUAUUAUAAGAAUACCUAAAGAAUCAAUUAAUCUUGAAGAUUGUAUUGCACAGCGAUUAGGUAAAUUUAGUGGUGAUGAACAUAUAACUAGUGUAUCAGAAUUCACAGUUCAGAAGAAUUCAUCCAGACAUGCUGAACCUCAGAGACGAAUAUUAUGUUUAUCUGACACUUGUUUGUUAGAGAGAGAUCCUCAAACCUAUAAUAUUUGUACAUUAAGACCAUUAUCCGAUAUUUUUGCUUUAAUUCGAGAUAACAAACAUUCCCAACUAUUUCUCAUUCAAUAUGUGAAUGGACAAAUACGCAGUUAUUAUGCCACUGAAAGAGAUUCAAUAUUAGCAUCUUUAUUAGAUGGUGUAAGAGCAUCAGGAAAUAGAGAUGUACAUGUGCAGAUGUGUCCUACUGACAGAGGAAAAAGAUUAGGUCCAUUAAGCUUACCAGUUGAAGAAGAUAUAGAAAUGUUACAUGUUAAAUUUUUACAGCAGAUUCCUAAUGGGCAUACAUUUGAAGAUAUUUUGGAGAGAUUUAAUGCAAACAUUCCUUAUAGUGGCCUUCUUUAUUCAGUUUCACAAGAUAUAUCGAUUUUGAAUAUAUUUUCAAGUCGCGUAACUGUUAACAAUAGACCUAAUUUUCAGGGCCUGUUCACCGAAAAUAAAGAUAAAAUCUUAAUCAACGCUCUUAAUGCUGUCGUGCAUAAAGAUCUUAGUUCGGAUUCAGAAAUUGAGUCUCAAUUCCACGCUCUGCGGCGAUUAAUCGCUAGCAAAGUUGGUUUCACAGCUUUUACGAAUCUGCCAGGUUUCCGCGAGUCUAUUGGUAGUCGAGUUGUUAUGGCAUUGAAACGUCAAAAUUGCGGCGUGACUCAAGCUGCAAUUGAUUGCGUCUGUGCUCUCAUGCAACCCAUGCACGAUGAAUGCGAUUUGCGACAAGAGCAAUUGAACAAAAGCAGCUUGCUGGGAAAUAGUAAAUUUUUAGAAAGUUUACUUGACAUGUGGAUUUGCCAUAUUACUCACGGGACCGGAGCGUUAGUUGUUUCGGCAAUGUUAGAUUUUUUGACGUUUGCUCUGUGCGUUCCGUACAGCGAAACUACCGAUGGAAAACAUUUUGAUAAUUUACUGGAAAUGGUAGCUGAGAGAGGAAGAUCUCUGUUUCGAUUGUUUCAGCAUCCAUCCCUAGCGAUAGUAAAAGGAGCUGGCUUGAUCAUGAGAGCAAUAAUAGAAGAAGGUGUGCAAGAAGUAUCUGCUAAAAUGCAAGAAUUGGCACUUGCAGAAGGUGCCUUGCCCAGGCAUUUAUUGAAUAGUCUUUUUUCUGCGAGUACUGAUGGUAGAUUAUUGACUCACCGUCAAUUAUGCAGACAUCUGGUUGGUCUUUGGGUUACUGGUCACCCAACAGCCAUGGGAUUAUUGAAGAGAAUCAUGCCAAUUGGACUGCUAAAUUAUUUGGAUUCCGAUGAAAAAGUACCCGAUCGAUACUUAGAACAAGAAAGACUUGAUCAUCGAGAUAAUGUUAAAAUAGCCUUGGAUCAUGCUGCAAGAAACCGAAAAAAUCCGCAGUGGCUUAUGAUUGAGAAACAAAUAAAAGUUGUUGAAAAGCACUUGGAAAAUGCCUUAGAGCAUUGGGGUGCUAGAGUAGGCAUCGAGAGGCGAGAAAAAAUGAGAGAUCGUCCUAUUGUUUUAAGAAAACGUCGCGAAAGAGUUAAAUCUGAAUCCAAUUGGAAACUUUUCUACUACAAGUUUAAUCAAGACCAUGCGCUACCUAAUUUAAUCUGGAAUCACAAAACACGAGAAGAGCUACGUUCAGCGCUUGAAAAUGAAAUUCGGGCUUUUUCCUCUGAUAAAGAUUUAUCGGGUACUACGUUGAUUGCGUGGAAUCAUCGCGAAUUCGAAGUGCAAUAUCAAUGUUUGUCAGAUGAAGUGAAAAUCGGUGACUAUUAUCUACGACUAUUAUUAGAAAAAGAUUCGCUGGAAAAUCCCAUUAGAAAAUCGUACGAAUUUUUUAACGACUUGUAUCAUCGUUUUUUACUGACUACUAAAACUGAGAUGAAAUGUCUUUGCUUGCAAGCCAUGACUAUAGUUUACGGUAGAUAUUACGAAGAUAUCGGACCUUUCUCCGACACGAAAUACAUAAUUGGAAUGUUAGAGCGUUGCAUUGAUAAAACUGAACGAGAUCGAUUGGUCAUGUUUACGGAGAAACUAAUACUGCACCGCAAAAAUGUCAAAGACAUAAUGGAUCAAAAUGGCAUCAAAACUUUGGUUGAUCUUUUGACUUUGGCUCACUUGCAUACGUCGAGGGCGGUGGUUCCUACUCAAACAAAUGUCAUUGAAGCUGGAACCGAUAGUGAAGCCACGAUGGAAAAAGAAUGGUACUACAAUGAUGGAGAAAAAAGAAAGGGUCCAAUCAGCAUCAAAGAUUUAAAGGCUCUGUACGCAAGCAAUACCAUAAACCAUAAGACCAAAGUGUGGGCACAGGGUCUUGAUAGUUGGCGAGUCAUUGCUCAAGUUCCUCAAUUGAAAUGGUCCCUGGUCGCCAAGGGUAAUCCCGUGAUUAACGAGAGCGAGCUAUCGACUUUGAUAUUGAAUAUUUUGAUCCAGAUGUGCAAUUAUUAUCCGUGCAGGGAUCCCGACGGUGCUAUAAUAAGGCCAUUCCCACGUGUCAAACGUCUUUUGUCGGAUCUUCAGUGCCUGCCCCACAUAGUACAGUUGCUACUCACCUUCGAUCCAGUGUUGGUUGAACGCGUUGCUACCUUACUCUGCGAGAUAAUCAGGGAUAAUCCAGAAAUAUCCAAAGUGUACUUGACCGGAGUUUUUUACUUUAUUCUCAUGUAUACCGGAUCCAACGUUCUUCCGAUUGCUAAAUUUCUCCAACUCACCCACAUGAAACAAGCUUUUCGAGGCGACGACGUUCAAAUUUCCGACAUCAUGCAGAAGAGUAUCCUAGGCCAGUUACUGCCGGAAGCCAUGAUCAAUUACUUGGAGAAUCAUGGACCAGAAAAGUUUGCUCAAAUAUUUUUAGGUGAUUUCGAUACGCCGGAAGCUAUUUGGAACGCGGAAAUGCGUCGCACAUUGAUCGGUAAAAUAGCCGCUCAUAUAUCUGACUUCUCGCCGAAAUUGAAGAGUCACACCAUGGCCAGAUAUCAGUACAUACCUAUACCAGCCAUAAGGUACCCACAACUCGAGAAGGAGCUGUUUUGUCAGAUAUUUUACUUGCGUCACCUAUGUGAUACGGUCAAAUUUCCCAUGUGGCCAAUAUCAAAUCCCGUCAAAUUACUGAAAGAUGUUUUGAUCGAGUGGAAAAAAGAAGUGGAGAAAAAACCACCAGCGAUGACAAUCGACGAAGCCUAUAAAACGUUGGGUUUGCAAACUGGUCAGUAUCAUGAUGAAUCUAUCGUUCGAAAAUCUUAUUACAAGUUGGCUCAAACAUAUCAUCCUGACAAAAAUCCUCAAGGCAGAGACAAGUUCGAGGCUGUAAAUCAAGCAUACGAGUUUUUGUGUAGCAGAAACUGCUGGAAUUCAGAUGGUCCAAAUCCUGAAAAUAUAAUUUUAAUUAUAAGAACUCAAAGUAUCCUCUUUUCAAGAUAUGGGAAGGAAUUAGCUCCAUAUAAGUACGCUGGGUAUCCACAACUCAUCAAAACUAUUAAACUAGAAUCUGAUGAUGAGCGAUUGUUCUCAAAACCUGUGCAACUGCUUAUUGCGGCAAGCGAACUCUCGUACCACACGGUUCACUGUUCUGCUUUAAAUGCAGAAGAAUUAAGAAGAGAGGGUGGAUUCGACAUUUUGUUGAACGCUUACACUAGAUGUGUUUCGGUUUUAAAUAAAUCCAGUAAACCUGCUGACAUAGCAGUCCAAGUUUGCACUUACAUUACCAAAAGUUUCACCGUAGCUGGUAAUUUCAAGGGCUGCAGAGAAAAGAUUGUCGAACUUCCUCAAUUGAUAAAAGAUCUUUGCCGUAUAUUGCAUUUCAAGCACUUGACAAAAUUAUGUUCCGACGCGACCGAGUGCAUCUCUUCGCUUGCCACGGACAGUAUUUUGCAAAUGCAAUUCUUACAAUUUGGAGCUCUGUGGUACCUACUAUUAUUCCUGUUCAACUAUGAUUACACUUUGGAAGAAAGUGGAGUGAAAAAGACGGAAGAUGAAAAUCAACAAGAAAGCGCAAAUACACUUGCGAAGUUAGCCAUAAAAGCAUGCGCUAGGUUGAGUGGAUUUUUGAAGAAUGAGAACGAAACGCCACACAACCCAGUGACGGUUGCUGCUCUUGAAAGCUUACUAACCCCGUACCUAGCGCGGAAGCUUUCUUCGGAUCAACCAGAAGAAAUUCUCAAGACUAUCAAUUCGAAUUGUUGCAACCCUUAUUUGAUAUGGGAUAAUAGCACUAGGGCAGAAUUAACUAAAUAUCUCGAGAGUAAGGUUCAUGAAAAAGUUGUUAGCAGUAAUGGCAACUUAGAGCAUGACUUCUCGGACUUCAAGUAUUCGGCUCACAAGGAUGAGUUAGUGAUUGGAGAAAUUUUCGUAAAAAAUUACAAUGAACAACCCAAUUUCCAAAUUUUGAACCCACAAGGAUUCGCACUUGAUUUGCUGGAUUAUCUAGUUAAAGUAGAAAAUAUUAAGACUAUCAGUGAUAGUCGAAUGGAAAAGAACGUCACUAUGUCUUUAGAAGCAUUAAAAAAUAUUAUAAAAUAUAACCCUGGCGUGGAAAUUCAAUGCAUUGGUUAUUUUAAAUUACUCUUUAGCUUGAUCAGUGGUUCAAACAGUGCAUCCAUUCGAAGCGCAGCUUUGGAAGUUAUAUACAAUGUUACACAUAAUCAGGAAUGUGUAAAUGAUAUUGCAUCAAAUGAAGUAAUAGCUCAUUUAUUACUCAGCUUGAAUAUACUGCGAGACAAACAGAUUUUGAUUUUAGAAAUUUUACACGCUUUGAUGAGCACUACCAGAAUUGUGAAGGAUGCCCUCAUUAAAGGCGCUGUAAUCUAUGUUCUUGAUUUGUUUUGUAAUUCAAAUAAUAUACAAAUCCGUGAACUUGCUGCCGAACUCUUGGCAAAAAUGUCUUCAGAUAAACUUGCUGGACCUAAAGUCAAAUUGGACAUUUCGAAAUUCUUGCCAUACUUGUUCAGUGAAGCUAUUCGCGACUCGCCAAAGCAGUGUGUCCAGAUGUUUGAAACUCAACACGAGAAUCCUGAACUCAUUUGGGAUGAUGAAACUAAAGCUAAAGUAUGCGCAAGCGUCUCGGAACUUAAAUCGGAGUUUUACAAGCUGCAAAAGAAUGAUGAAAAAGUUAUUCUGAAAUUACCGGAAAACAAGAACAAUAUCGAUAUUGCCAAGAACGAAGUGGUAAUUGGUGGAGUCUAUAUCCGACUAUUUAUUUCAAAUCCAGCUUGGGUUUUGCGAAAACCAAAAGAAUUCUUAAGCGAAUUAAUGGAUACCAUUUUGACGUUGAUGGCUAAGGAUAAAAUGGAGUCGGAAACAUUAGACCUUGCUACACAGGGAUUAAUUUGCCUUCUGCAGUCACAACCUUCUCUUGCGGAUCAUGUUCCAUCUUUUGGUUACAUACCAAGAUUAUGCCGGCAAAUGUCCGUUCAGAGUGCUCAAACUUUUGUUUAUAAAGCAGCUAUUUUAAUACUUCAUCAAUUGGCUAAUAGCGAGAUUUGUAUAACUUCGAUGAGUCAAACAGAAUGUAUACGCCCACUGAAAUAUGCUAUGCAGACGCGCAAAGAUAUGAUUGCAGUAGCAUGUGAAACGUUAAACAAGCUAUUUUCCACCAACGAAGAUAGACUUAUAAAGCAGGCUUUAGAAGCAGAAAUGGUAUCUUAUCUUUUAAAUAUUUUGGAAAAUGAAUCGAGUUACAUCGAAAACUCUGCUGCAACUAAAGCUCAAAUUGUCAAGGCACUAAAAUCAAUGGCAAAGAGUAUUUCGUAUGGAGAUAAAGUAAAUGGUAUUCUCGAAAAGUCCAAUGUUUGGGCACAAUACAAAGACCAAAAACACGAUUUGUUUAUAUCAAAUGUAUCUUCAAGCAGUUAUCUUACUGGUACACUGACAACCGCCGGUUACUUGACAGCUGGUCCGAGUUCGACGAUUCAAACACAACCGCCGCCUGUUGACAAAGAAGACAAUUUUUUACAUAAUCAACAAAGUAUAUGAUGCUAAAAGCGAUUAUUGUUAAAAUGAAUAUUUAAAAACGGCGAUGUUUAAAGUUAAAAACUCUUACAUCUGUGAUUAAUGUAAUUUUAAGAGAAAAUUUUGCUUUAUAUUAAAACGAAUAA